CUUCCUAAAUCUUAUCUCAACAGAGACAAGUGUGUUUCCUCCUGUGACUGUUACAGAUUAUGGAAGAACAGCUGAAAUGCCAACUUGGAUUAGCAUAGCAAAGCAAAAGCAAAAGAUUGUUGAACAAGACUUUAGCAAAGAAGAGAAGCCAGAGGAACAGGAUAAAGCAGAUGCAGAAAAACAAAUAAAAGAGAAGAAAACAAUGGAGGAAGUGGUAAGGCAACAGUCAGAUUUGCCUCAGAACAUAGUAUCACCUUCCCCAUUCACAGCUUCUGUUGGAGAAACAAAGAAAGAGACAAAGUUGGAAAUGCAAGACUCUUCACUAAGAAAUAGCCCGUCAUCCCAUCAGAACCCUGCUCAGCCAUCAUUGCCAAGUGAAAGAGGAGAUAUAAAGCCGCUUAGGAAGAUUGGUCAUUCUCCAGAUCAACCCUCAUGGAUGGAACUUGCCAAAAAGAAAUCCCAAGCAUGGAGUGACAUGCCACAGAGGAUAAAAUAGAUUAAAUAAUUUUGUGCUGUUUUAUGCAUCCACAUCAGCACCCAUCAGUGGAUCAAAUGUUUUAGUAAAACAAAAGUGCUGAUUUUUCAAACUAAAUUGAUUGAAUUGAUAAGGAUAAUAAACCUAUGGUACACCAAAGAGACUACAAUGCAAGAGUUUCAGAAAUGUCAUCACAUUUGUACAGUACUAUAGGACAAUUCUUGAAAAUGACUAUAAGCAAUUUAGCUUUGCAAAAGAAAUUAUUGAGAUGAAAAUUAUUGCUUACUGUGUUUCCUUUCAUUUUUUCACCCGUAAAAUGUUAUGCCAUGAAUAUUGUUAGAAGAUUAACUAAAAAUUAGGUAACUAUUGCUUUAAUACAGUGAGAAUAAUAAUCCAAUCAAAAUGUCUUUCUGAGAUAUACAAUUACAGCAGACUAGAACAGAAAUAUCUUUUCAGACAUACAGGAAAAACGUUUUAAUGUGAUUAAGUGAAUGAAUGAAAAUGAAAUAAAAAUCAGGUUUUAAUAAUUGCUUCUUAAGAUGGAGUUGGAAAUUAGCUAAGAUACCUGUGGUUUAGAUCCCUACCUUUUAAUAUAAUAAAAGAUGAAAACUUAUAUUAAAACAAGAGAUUGUGUAAAGAUGCUGAUUAAGACAUCCUUGAGAGAAGUGUCGGCUUUGGCCAUCAGCUUUGAAGGUAGUAGAGCUAUACCCUUUCCUGAGGAAACCAUCAUCUGAACUAGCAAUAUCAGAUUAUUAUUUUCCUGUUUUUCUCUUUUUAGGGCAGGUUCUUAAGAAGGUGGUGGACCCUAUGGGAAACUGUAGAAGAAAUGGCUUAUCUGAGUCUUUUUUUCAGCUGGAUUUCAAACCUGGAUAUGUUCUGAAAGUAUAUUGAUAGUUUCUUGUGGGAAUGAAAUAAGGGAAAAUCACUCUGUAGCUUCUGACACCAUAAAUCAUGGCAUUGUUAUGGACCAUUGCCUGGAGUUUGAAGUGGGAGGCACUAUUUUAUAUAAAUCAACUAAUCUUUGCUUAUAUUGUAGAAAUGCUAUUGAAUGAAAAUUAUAAAGAGUUGGGCUAUUGUUUGACUCUUCCUACCUUUCAGGCAAUUUAAGGUACUAUAUUUUGAGGUAUCCAUGCAUAGUGAAAAGUUCUAGAUCACUUUUGGACUGAAAGCUUUAUUAUGUAUUAUAUUAACCAUUCCCAUUUUUUGCAUUGCAUACAAUAAUGUUAUCUUUCUUAUUCUAGGUUUCAUCCCCAUAACAUGAUAAUUUCUCAUGUUAAAGUUCUUUGUGACUUACUUCCCAGUAGUUGCAUUUGGAAUUGUACUUUAAAUUUUAACAUCUAUAUUUCUUUUAAUAUUGUGUAGAGAAUUGUAAUAAAUUUGUAAAUCCAAAA